ACCUCAACUCUCCACCAUGCUUUCACUUUCCUGCAUUUUCAAUAAUAACCCUGCUUCUUGUACUGUCUCGGUCAUAAUUUCUCCAGAAAGCACCGUCUUUGAUCUCCGCAAUGAACUGCGUCAGUUGAUGCCUGAAUUAUGCGACAUUGACCCAAAUCUCUGCGCACUUUGGAGGUUGUGCAUUCCAAUAUCCGGAAACAAAGUCUCCAUUGAAAACGUCUCUACUAAGAUAAAAAUGAAUCUGCUGGCAGAGCUCGGUGAGGUAUUCCCUCAAGACUCCUCAGAGGAUUUAAUACACGUCCUAGUAGAUAUCGUGAGACCAGAACCCAGUUUACGUCUGAAUAUGACUCUUAGAACAGAUCCAAAAAAAAACCCCCAAUGGAGCGGUCUCUUAAGCACUAUCACCCAAGCCAUCCUUAUUGAUGCGAUUUGCGAAGAAUAUCCCAACAUGCCAAGAACACCAAACCCACCUCGAAUCAUGUUGUACCCAAGCACCGACAACCAAAGUAGUACUCCCAUUCCAACUCUUAUUGAAUCUGAUCCGCAACUAAAAUCUAGGCUUAGCCCUCUUAUUGUGGAUGGCGCCAUCAAUGUGGUCAUUGGUCUGGCUCUGGAAAAACACAUCUCGUCUUACCCGUAGAAGAGGCCAACGCCAUCUUUGGGUUCGCUCCCAGGCGGUACGGGAUACUGGACCCGAGCAAUUGCUUAGAGCAAUGCGAAAGC